UUAGAAAAUGUAUAACCAAACAGUUUGUUUAUCUCAAAAGUUGAAUUAAUCAAAUUGUAAUGAUUAAUUUAUUUUCUUUAAAUUGAUAUAAUUUCUUGAUUUUUAUUGAUCAUCAGACACUUUGGAAUCGGUGUAUCUUUGUUUCAACACUUUGUUCUAUUGUUAUUAUCUUAGUUUUCUGUGUUUACCUUGAGCCUGCUGAGGUGUUGGUAAGAGUUGAAAAUGUCUUCAAGAUUUGGAGAGUGGGAAAAACACACCAAGGGAAUUGGUUCUAAAUUAAUGGCCAAAAUGGGCUAUGUUGGUGGUCAAGGAUUGGGUGCACGGGGUCAAGGUAUAAUUGAACCUAUCCAAGCAAAAUUAUCCGACAAGGAAAAACUUUCAAGCGAGUUACCGGCUGAAGAAAGAGACGAGGAAGACCAUUUGAAAAGAGUGAUUAAGAUAAAAAGGAAAACACUUAAGCAACUUUUGGAUCGAGAAAAGAGAUUAAUGGAAAACAUUUCAGCUAAAAAAGAUUCUUGUGAAGAGUUGAAAAAAAAAUUAGCUCGAAUACUCAAAAUUUACCAAGAUGCCAAUGGAAUUGUCAAAACAUGGGAACCAUUGGAAAAGCCUGAAGCUUUAUUUGAUUACUUUAAAGAAUACCAAUUAGCCCUUGAACCUUAUGGAAUUAAAUAUUUUGAUAUUCUAAUGUGGGAUUUUUGGCUUCCUGUUAUCGACAAAGCAAUAACCGAAUUACCAUCAAUACGAAGCUGUGAUACAGUCAUCAGAUUAUUAGAAACCUGGAAACCCCUUUUACAAGGUUGGUUAUUAGAAUACAUUUACGAUCAGAUUAUUGGUGUUCGGUUAAAGAUUGAAAUAGCCGAAUGGAAUCCGCUCAAUGAUCCGGUUCCCAUUCACUUUUGGAUUCAUCCCUGGUUACCCAUGAUGGCCGAUAGAAUGGAGCCCAUUUUUGAACCAUUGAGACAAAAAUUGGCCGCAGCAUUAUCACAAUGGCAUCCGGAAGAUCGUUCAGCUAAAAUGAUUCUAGAACCAUGGAAACAUGUUUUCGCUGGUCACAUUUGGUCAUCUUUUCUAAUGGAAAACAUUGUACCCAAAUUGGAAAUUAUCCUCAACAGUUUCACGAUUAAUCCUCAUCAUCAAGUUCUAGACAUUUGGUAUUGGUUCAUUGAUUGGGAGAAUAUGUUACCAAUUGAAAUAACAGUUGAUCUUUUAGUGAGAAUAUUUUUCCCUAAAUGGCUUCAUGUUUUAUAUUCUUGGUUAAUUUAUUCACCCAAUUACGAUGAAGUAACUCGAUGGUAUCAAGGGUGGAAAAAAAUGUUCUCAGCUGAUCUUCUUGCUCAGAGAAAAGUUCAACGAGCCUUUUUCCAAGCUCUUGAAAUGAUGAACUAUUCAGUUACUGCGCCCGGUGGUAUGAUUACAUACCAACAGAACUUUGAUCUUUCAAAUCGUGACAAUCCAUCAACCAUUCAACCACCACCAAAGGAAAUAAUUGAUUACCGAUUAAAUAUAACAUUUGAAGAGAUGAUUGAUAAAAGAGCCGCUGAAUUGGCUCUUUCGUUCACCCAAUUACCAAAUAGUUCCCAAGAUAAUAAUCCAGUUUAUAAAUUUGCAAAGUUUUCUAUUUAUUUUAAGGAUAACGUUAUUUUCCAUAAAAUAGCUGAUUCUUGGAAACCAAUUAGUUUAGAAGAUCUUUGUAAUCGUGUAAUUAAUUGUACAUGAAAUGGUUUUAAUUGUGUAAAUAGAAAUUCAUUUUGAUAAAUAUUAAUGGUAAACAAAUUUUCCAAUAAACACAAAAGACAAUUGUAUUUAAAUGAAAA